UAACGGUUGAGCUUCCGGGGUCCCUGGCUCACGAACAAGUCACUGCCAUUAGCCUGUUAGCCUGUUAGCUGUGGAGCAAGAAGUCAAAAUGCAAAAGUCUCUCGUUAAUAUCGCUUUAUUUUCUACUGUCCAAGUUUUAUUCUCGUUGACGUGUUUUCGGGAGGUUGUCGAGGCCGCCAGCGGGAAGGGGUUUGGUGAUAACAUCCACUGGAGGACGCUGGAUGAUGGCAAAAAGGAAGCAGAGGCAAGCGGACUGCCAAUCAUGCUCAUCAUCCAUAAGAGCUGGUGUGGAGCCUGCAAAGCACUGAAGCCCAAAUUCGCCGAGUCAAAGGACAUCUCUGAACUCGCACACAACUUCGUUAUGAUCAACCUGGAGGAUGAAGAGGAGCCAAAGGAUGAAGCCUUCAGCCCCGAUGGCGGCUACAUUCCUCGGAUUCUUUUCCUUGAUCCCAGCGGCAAAGUCCAUCCUGAAAUCACCAACAGGAACGGAAAUCCAAACUACAAGUACUUCUACAGCAGCGCGGAACAAGUUGUGUCCGGUAUGAAGGAGGCGCAGGAGAAGCUGACGGGCGACGCCUUCAAGCAGGGUCACACCGGAGACGAGCUGUGAGGAGGCAGAAACGGGCAUCAGGCUGUAAGGGCUACACACUUCCUCUACCUGAGCCUGAGCUUCAGAGCACCCAGUGACAUCCCCAAACAACCCUUUUCACUAUUUAUACUCACACUUUAGACAGUCGGGUCCGUCUCAUUGUACAAAAACAACCACUCAAAAGGUGUCUGUGCUUUUUGUCCUGUCAUUGUCUUCGUUUUAUUACACCUGUAUUUUGUAAUCUACUGUUAAUUAAACGCCAUGUACUGUACUUACUGUCUGUAGAGGAUAUAACUAACUCAAUCUAGCCAAGUUUAACUGUUAUUCAUUUUAACCAAUAGUUAUGUCCAUCCCCCCCCACCCCACCCUCUCUAACAGCAAUGAUAGAGUACUUCAUAUUAGUCAAGAUAAAUAUUUUAACACCUUCAGCGACGUGCUUCCAAAAAUCCUCUACAGUAUGUUAAUUAUACCUGUGACGAUAUUUACCAUGAACUACAACAUGGGCUCUGUACUUCUGAUUUCUCUUAUCCACAGUCUUUAAAAUAAUGUUCAUUUAAUCCUGCCAAAUUAUGUGUACCUAAUGGUAAUAGCUAUAUCUACAUAAUGUUCUUUUUUCCUGUACGGAGUUUGUUUUGCUGCUUGUGAAGUGACACUACUCGGUUCUUUCUUUCUCUCUCUCUUUCUUUCUUACUUGUUAAACUCUGUGAAUGAGGGGAUGAAAACAUUGGUUCAGUGUCUUGAUGUAUUUUAUACAUGUACACAGCCAAGUGUGCAAAUAAAGUUUGUUGUACUGA